AUGGCACUGACAUCAUGGAAAGCGUUCAACUUCAUCGACGUCGGCCCGGUCAAGCUGCCGGAGGACAGCUCCGCGCUAUUCGGCAGCGACCUAUGUAGCCUUUGUACCGGAUCCGCAAACCUCUUUCUCGGCACCAGCGAGGGCCUCGUCCAUAUCGUCUCCUCGUCCUUCCGUAUCCAGCGCUCAUUCCAGGCGCAUGAUGUUGGGAUCACGCAUAUGAAACAGAUCCCCGGAACUUCAUUACUUGUUACGGUUGCGGAGGACCUUUCGAACGAGCCGGUGCUCAAGGUCUGGGCGCUAGAUACGGAGAAGAAAGAUGGCGGGCCGAAAUGCUUGUCCACCGUGUUGGUGCAGAACGCGAGGAGGCAGUUUCCGAUUACUGCAUUCGCAGCCGUUGAUGAUCUCUCGCAGGUCGUGGUUGGGUUUGCUAAUGGAUCCGUGACGAUUAUCCGUGGCGAUUUGAUUCACGACCGUGGAGCGCGGCAGCGCAUUGUUUUCGAGUCGGAGGAGCCAAUUACAGGUCUCGAGAUACAGAGCGGUGCGGUGAAUGUUCUGUAUAUCUCGACGACGAGCCGUAUUUUGACGCUAGUCAUUGCGGGGCGGGGACAAGGCCAGCCUGCGCGCGUUUUGGAAGAUACCGGUUGCGGUCUGGGAUGUAUGACGCUUGACAAGGAGACGGGAGAUAUUCUGAUUGCCCGAGAGGACGCCGUUUAUACUUAUGGUCCAAGGGGCCGGGGUCCGAGUUAUGCAUUUGAGAGCCCAAAAACGUCUAUCAGGGCUUUCCGGGACUACGUGGCACUGGUUUGUCCACCGAAAGUAGUCACAGGGAAGGGCGAUCCGUUGCGCAAAUAUGGAGUUAAUCCUGCGGAUGAAAUCCUUGGUACGACGACGUUCACUCUGCUCGAUACCGAUUUGAAGUUCAUUGCGCAUAGCCAGUCGUUGGUGUCACCAAUGAAGCAUAUUUUCAUGGAAUGGGGAGAUCUAUUCCUACUCACAACGGAUGGAAAGGUGUUUCGAUAUCGGGAGAAGAGCCUUCAGCAGAGGCUGGAGAUUCUUUACGAGCGCAACCUCUACAUUUUGGCCAUCAAUCUUGCGCAAAAGAUUGGAAUUGAUCCCCUGCAGCAGAAUGCUAUCUACCGCAAAUAUGGUGAUUUCCUUUACCAGCGCGGCGACUACGAUACUGCUAUGCAGCAGUAUCUCCGGGCAAUCGACAAUACUGAGCCAUCACAAGUUAUUCGCAAGUACCUGGAUACCGAACGAAUCCAUAAUUUGAUCGAGUAUCUCGAGGAGCUCCAUGACCACGGCCGUGCAACAGUGGAUCACACCACCCUGCUAUUGAACUGCUAUGCAAAGUUGAAAGAUACCAGCAAGCUGGACUCGUUUAUUAAAGCUCCUGGCGAGCUUAAAUUUGAUCUUGAAACUGCUAUUGCUAUGUGUCGCCAGGGAGGAUACUAUGAACAAGCAGCCUACCUGGCCACAAAGCAUGGCGAGAAUGACAUGGUUGUCGAUAUCUUGAUUGAGGACUCAAAGAAGUAUGCGGAGGCGGUGGAGUAUAUCUGGCGAUUAGAUCCCGAAGUGGCUUAUCAUAACCUAAUGAAAUAUGCCCGGGUCCUUCUGGUCCAUUGCCCCGAACAGGUAACCGAGCUCUUCAAGGUUUACUACACAGGCCAGUACCAGCCACGCACUACGGUAGAGAUACCGCCAGAGCCUCAAGCGCAGCCAACAAGUGCUGUUCAAAGCCUUGCCGCUCUUCUUCCAUUGCGGUAUGUGACUGGGGGUUCUGGCUCACAAACCCAGGCUCCAGAGUCGCAGAAUGUCACGGUCGCAGAGGAACCACCCGCAGACCUAGCACCACAAUACGAGGUCCCGAAACCACGAACAGCGUUCUCUGCAUUUGUAGACCACCCGCAAGAGUUUGUCAGUUUUCUGGAGACACUUGUGCAACAGCCUGAGCUCAAAAAAGAGGCCAAGGUGGACCUCUUCACAACGCUGUUCGAAAUGUAUCUGGACACAGCAAAGACCAAGAAAGAUGCAGGUCAGAAGCAAGAAUGGGAAAACAAGGCUAAGAAGCUGAUUGAAGGCAAAGAUAUUCCAAUCUCUACCUCCAAUGUCCUUCUCCUCUCCGACCUAUCCAAUUUUCGAGAAGGUUCCACACUUGUUCGUGAGCAAGAAGGCCUGCGUCUCGACAUAUUCCGCUCGUUCACUUCUGCCAAGGACACACAAGGCGCCAUCCAAGCACUACGGCGGUACGGGCCUGAUGAGCCACAGCUCUAUGUCGAUGCAUUGACCUAUUUUGCUUCGAGCCCGCUUAUUCUCGAGGAAGCAGGUGAUGAAUUGGACAAGGUUCUGCAGCGUAUUCAUGAAGAUGGUCUUCUCUCCCCGUUGCAGGUGAUUCAGGCUGUCAGCAACAACGCCGUGGUAACGAUGGGCAGACUCAAGAAGUACUUGGGCGACAACAUCGCAAGCGAAGACAAGGAAAUUAAAACGAACCAACGGUUAAUCACAAGCUACAAGUCCGAAACUGCUACGAAGCAACAAGAACUCGCGAACCUCGCCACUCAACCCGUCGUUUUCCAGUCCCGCCGCUGCCAAUCCUGUGGAGGCACCCUCGACCUACCCACUAUCCACUUCCUCUGCCGUCACUCCUUCCAUGAGCGCUGUCUUAACCGCGUCGAUGAAGACGCCCAGUGCCCCGUCUGCGCGCCGACGAAUGCCACUCUCCGAGCUAUUCGCCAGCGGCAGGUUGAUUCGGCGGAUCAGCAUGAGUUAUUCAAGGCUGAGUUGUCGAGGUCGAGAGAUCGGUUCGGUGUUGUGAGUGACUUCUUCGGGAGGGGGGUUAUGAGGGCUUCCAGUACUAUGGAAGGGUGA